GGCGGGGGAAAGGGGUGGCGGCGGGGACUGCAGGAGAGGCCCUCCCGGAGGAGCGGAGAGGCAGGGGGAUGCUUGGGAACCCGCGGGAGAAAUGGCCCGGUCAGGUUUCCCCGGAAACCGGCCCCCUCCCCUCUCCCGCAGUAAGGAGGAGCUGCCGCCUACGCUGCGCAAAGUGCGCACACGGCUUCGGGAAUAGGCGGCUGCGCGAGCCACCGCCCAGCGCCCGCUGCGGAGUCAUUGCGACGGUUACUAGGACACUUUGUUUUCACCCAAUCAAAUGACGUUAGCUCAUCUCUGGGGCCGGCAGCCAAUCACGCUCGACAUCAAUCAUUCAAUUAAGCCAAUCGGGAGUGUCCCGAGCCAGUAGGGCGGGCAUUCGUUGGGCCCCGGUUGCCUAACAGUAAAAUCAACUGACAGGUAGGCGGAGCAAAGAGGAGCCAAUGGUUUGAAUGACAGCGCUCCGACCAAACAGAUUUCCUCAUUUGUAGAGCCUCGUUAUGGGUCGCCAAUAGAUACUGCGAAUGGCAGCCCGGGAGGGGAAACGAAGGCUGCGCGCGCAUUCCGCUGCUAUAUAAGGCUUGGCCGUUGCCUCUCGCAGUCAGAGUCGGUUGGGGGAAGAGUGGCGUUGGCUGACAGCGACCUGUGCCGCCGCCAUCAUGAGGGAGAUCGUGCACCUGCAGGCCGGGCAAUGCGGAAACCAGAUCGGGGCCAAGUUUUGGGAGGUGAUCAGCGACGAACAUGGCAUCGACCCAACCGGUACCUACCACGGCGACAGCGACCUGCAGCUGGAGCGCAUCAACGUGUACUACAACGAGGCCACAGGUGGCAAAUACGUGCCCCGCGCCGUCCUGGUGGACUUGGAACCCGGCACCAUGGACUCGGUGCGCUCCGGGCCCUUCGGCCAGAUCUUCAGGCCUGACAACUUCGUGUUCGGUCAAAGCGGAGCAGGAAACAACUGGGCAAAGGGCCAUUAUACAGAAGGUGCUGAAUUAGUUGAUUCUGUGUUAGAUGUUGUAAGAAAGGAGGCAGAAAGCUGUGAUUGUCUCCAGGGCUUUCAGCUUACUCACUCUCUUGGUGGUGGUACAGGCUCUGGCAUGGGUACCCUGCUCAUCAGCAAAAUUCGUGAAGAGUACCCAGACCGAAUUAUGAAUACUUUCAGUGUUGUACCCUCCCCUAAAGUAUCAGAUACUGUAGUAGAGCCCUACAAUGCCACACUCUCUGUGCACCAGCUUGUGGAAAACACAGAUGAAACAUACUGUAUUGAUAACGAAGCCCUCUACGACAUAUGCUUCAGAACACUGAAGUUAACUACUCCAACAUACGGUGAUCUGAACCAUUUAGUGUCGGCAACCAUGAGCGGUGUGACCACCUGCCUGCGGUUCCCAGGCCAGCUCAACGCUGACCUGCGGAAGCUGGCAGUGAACAUGGUUCCCUUCCCCCGUUUGCACUUUUUCAUGCCUGGUUUUGCCCCGCUCACAAGCCGCGGGAGCCAGCAGUAUCGUGCUUUAACCGUGCCAGAGCUAACCCAGCAGAUGUUCGAUGCAAAGAACAUGAUGGCAGCGUGUGACCCGCGUCACGGCCGCUAUCUGACCGUAGCUGCUGUUUUUAGGGGCCGUAUGUCAAUGAAAGAGGUCGAUGAGCAAAUGCUCAACGUUCAGAACAAAAACAGCAGCUAUUUUGUUGAGUGGAUUCCUAAUAACGUUAAAACAGCGGUCUGUGACAUUCCACCUCGUGGCCUGAAAAUGUCUGCCACCUUCAUUGGUAACAGCACAGCCAUCCAGGAGCUGUUCAAACGCAUUUCUGAGCAGUUCACGGCCAUGUUCCGCCGAAAGGCUUUUCUGCACUGGUACACGGGCGAGGGCAUGGACGAGAUGGAGUUCACAGAGGCUGAGAGCAACAUGAACGACCUGGUGUCUGAGUACCAGCAGUACCAGGAUGCCACAGCUGAGGAGGAGGGGGAGUUUGAGGAGGAGGAAGAGGCCGAGGCAGAGUAAAAGCUAUGCAGUUACCACCUGUAAAUUUUGUUUAAAGCUGUAUGAACUCUUUCAUUCAAAACUUCUGUCUGUGUUUGUGUUCCUCUUCCUGUUUCAAAGUCACUUCAGCUGCUGUACAGGCACCAUUAAAGCAUUUUUCACAGUGCA